AUGGGUGGAGCUAUCUACAAGGAUAGCGCUGCUGUUCAUUACGAAGAGCACAACAUUUACCUAAACUCCAUACAAACGUUUGGAAGGGUCGAACCGACGCGCCCGAUAACUAUCCAUCAAAAGGCACUGUUCUGUCUCUGGUUAUCCAUCAUCUUUCUGUGGGUUAUGCUUAAAACCAAGCGUUACAUUCUGAAGUGGCGAGACAAGAGAAAAGCUAAUGAAGAGGAAGAUAAAGAGGCAGAGGGAGACGAAAAGGCGAAGGAAAAUGUCUUGAUAUCAUUGUAUCCAGUUUCCAAAUCACCCUCAGUAUCACGAUUUGGCCGCGGCGACGCAACAGAGGCGGGGCAAAGCAACCGAGGAAUAUUUGAGAAACUUCUAGAGACAGACCCGGAUCAGCCAUCUUUCGAAGAUUUUUUAUCAAAAGCUGUGAUUUUUGGAGUGAUUAUGCUUUAUUUCUGGCUGUGCGACUAUCAACAUAUCUGGCCAAAGACUCAAAAGCAGUAUUCCAGAGACAUGUUCACGUUUUUGUUCGCCCUUCUAGUCAUCGUCGCCUUCGUUUACACUAUUCGAAAAACACCUGAAAAACUUGUCAACAGAGAUCAAACAGAAGAGUGGAAAGGAUGGAUGCAGGUGCAGUUUGUGUGGUAUCACUAUUUUGAUGCUCAAGAAGUGUUCAAUUCCAUAAGAUGUUACAUUGCUGCCUACGUAUGGAUGACAGGAUUUGGUAAUUUCUCGUAUUUCUGGAUAAAGAAGGACUACUCUCUGUUCCGCUUGUUGAGGAUGAUGUUUCGUCUCAACUUUUUGGUUUUCAUGGUGAUGGCUGUCACCAACAACGAGUUCGUCCGCUAUUACGUGUGUGCCAUGCACACCUAUUGGUUCAUCACAGUUUACGUCAUGAUGGCAGUGUUCAAGUCUUACAAUAAGAAUCGUUACUUCAUGGCAGCUAAAUUUGCAAUCUACCUGGUUAUAAACUUAUUGAUAUUCGAUAUACCCGGGGCUUCGUACAUAGUGUUCUGGCCUUUCCAGUUUAUCUUAAAUGUCAAAGGCACUCUGAGAUACUGGGUGUAUCGCUCCACAUUGGACCACUGUGUCACAUGGGUGGGAAUGCUGUGCGCGUAUAACUACCCGUACAUUGAACAGUUCCUUAAAUACUUGGAAAAAAAGCACGAAAAUCGCCGAGGGGACCACUUGGCCUUGCUUCUUAAAGUGUGGAUCACUUUAGCGUUGUUUGGCGUGCUGUUGUUAUGGUUUCAUUUCGUUUUGAUGCAGGAAAGACAAUACUACAUGACCAUUCACCCUUUCACCUCGUGGAUUGUAAUUGUCAUCUACUUGUGGUUCAGAAACUUGCACCCAGUCCUCCGCUCGCAUUACCUGGGCUUGUUUAGUUGGCUCGGUAAAGUCACCCUGGAGACGUAUCUGUCUCAGAUUCACAUCUACAUGAUCGGCAAUGCACAACAACUGCUGAUAUACAUCCCGAGUUAUCCCAUGUUGAACUUCAUGCUGGCGAGUGUGAUUUAUGUGGCUGUGUCGUAUGUCCUCUUUCAUCAGACCUUGUUUUUCAACACUUACAUAUUUCCCAAGAAUAUGGGAAUUAUUUGUAAGAAUGUCAUUGUAGGUUCAAUAUGGCUGGGGCUUUGUUAUGCACUUUCCUUUAUAAUUAAUCUCGCAGGUUUAUGGUAAUUUUGGUAAUU